UCGCGCCCUGAAAACAAAAACAAUAACAAUAACAAUAACAAGCUCCUUUCUGAUUCUAUUUCUGGACCGAGGUUUUUUUUUUUUUUUUUUUUUUUUCCCUUCUUUUUCUUGGAGUGUUGCGUCAAAACAAAACUUUGGCUAAUUCCUCUGUAAGAAGACUCUUUUGCUCCACAGAGAAACACACCAGGGCGACAUUUUCUGCUGAUAAACUGAACGUCCAAAGACUUUUAUUAGCUUUUCCUGCGACUUAUUUUUCUACCCUGAUUGAGUGGCCAUGGAGAGAUGUGGAGAACCCUCCCCGACCUACAGACACACUCACCCGUUUAUCCACGAGGUCAAACUGACCACGGCUCAGAAAAUUCGGAGUACCAUACUGGGCUGUGUCCUAUUCCCCAUUCGCAUCACUCUUACCAUCCUGUUCUUCCUGCUCAUGUGGCCCAUCGCUCGGCUCCGACUAGCCGGUCUGUCGCAGGAGGAGAGAGCAAAACCGGUCCAAGGCUGGAGACAAUGGAUUUUUCAUCCCAUCAUGAUGUUCCUGAGUCGAUCCGUGUUCUUCUCCAUGGGCUUCCUCUGGAUAAAGGUGAAAGGUCGGCAGGCUACACAGAAAGAGGCACCGGUGUUGGCCGUGGCACCCCACAGUGGCUUUCUGGAUAUGCUGGUACUCAGCCUUGCGGGACUGCCAACAGUGGUGUCGCGCUCUGAGAACGCCAAACUGCCAGUCAUCGGAGCACUUUUGGAGUAUAACCAGUCCGUAUUGGUUAGUCGGAAGGAUCCUGAGUCGAGGAGGAAGUGCGUGUCUCAAAUCAAAGAAAGACUCACUUCAAAUGGUUACUGGCCUCAGAUGCUAAUGUUCCCUGAAGGAACCACCACAAAUGGUCGAGUCCUCAUCAAAUUCAAGCCUGGUGCUUUCUUGGCAGGCGUUCCAGUUCAGCCAGUGUUGCUUCACUACCCUAAUAAAAUAGACACUGUGCGCUGGACUUGGAAAGGCGCAUCAUGGCUCGAUUGUCUCUGGUACACCUCGGCUCAGUUCUACAGCAACGUUACAGUGGAGUUCCUACCUGUGUACACACCUUCCCAGGAGGAGAAGGAGGACCCCGAGUUAUUUGCAGAUAAUGUUCAGAGACUCAUGGCCAAAGUCCUGGGAGUUCCCGCUACAGACUUUGUGAUGGAGGGGCUUUUUCCUGUUACAAAGUUGGGCGGCCUCUCCCUUCCUCUCGAGUCUCCUUCCAGAGAAACACUGAAAAUGCUCAAAAGUCAAGGUUUAAGUAAUGCUCAAGUGGAGACUUUGAUAAACACAAUGAUUGACAGCUGUCACUCAGGACAGGUCACAAUCACUGUUGAUAACUUGACUUCCUUGUUGGGACUCGCAGACAGACAGACAGCAGCACAAAUCUGUUCCUUCUACUCCGAGAGUGACACAUUGGACCUGAGACAGCUGUGUUUGAGCUUGUGUACGGCUGCAGGACUCAGGACGCCAGAGUCUCUCCUUCACACUGCGUUCACGCUGUGCGACAGUAGUGGUGAUGGCUUGCUAAGCGCAGAGGACUUCUCCGGCCUGAUGGCAGCGCUGGUGGGAGUUGCUCAGUACAACAUUGCAGAGAUGUACUCGGAGUUGACCAAGAGAGGACAACCAACUGAGGGUGCAUUGUAUGACUUGCUAACGACUCACCCAACAUAUCAGAAGUUCUUCAAAGAAUACUUCGAGCAUGAAGACGUAAGGCUCACGGCAGACAGAAAUCACAACGGCAUUCCGAACGGAAAGACCAGUCGCGGUAACGACAGCAUUCAUAACAGAAAUGGACUGAACAAAAAGUCUGACUGAAGACGAAUUCAUUUAAAGUAUAUGCUGUAUUUUAACAGGAAAAUGGGGACAUUUAUGAAGUGUACACAGUUUCCACAUAGCAAUAGAUUUUAACAAAGGCUGUAUGUUUUUGUAUGGAUUUGCAAAAGAUGAGAGAAGAUUGUGUGUGCGUUUUAGUAUACAAUUAAUGUUUACAGGUCUGUGUCAUGGACUCUUUGUGGGGUUUUUUUUGUUUGUUUGUUUUUGUAUUAUUUCUUUUUUUGCAUUCAUUGUAACCCAAAGCCAUUAGUACACUGUGAAAAGCCACUAUACUAUCGGAACCUUAGUGCCUUGGUACUUUUACUGUUUUUAAAUGUUAGCUGAAGGAUUUUGUUUUGUGUUCCUGUGUGUAUUUUAUAUCUCUUCGUGAGCCUACGGACUUCAUAUCAAGAAUACUAUCGAGCUAUUUUACAUUUUAAUAUAUUACGGUUGUAAAUAAAACAAUUCAUAAGAUUGAUCAAUUUA